AUGCAGCCUCUACCGCUGAACUUGUCCUGGUCUCUAGUCGUGCUCGGGUUACUGAUUGUGUUUGUCCUGAACCGCGCUGCCAGACACUAUGCAUCUCUCAGGACUUUGUCUUUCCUUCCUGGAAUGACCUUCGCGUUCUCUCCGUUCUCUAUCCCUGGCGCUCUCCUACCAACCUCCAACUACAACCCUGGGAUGAUGUUCAACUGGGGAUGGAGGCAUACAAUGUACAAGAAUUCCCCAAUGGACAUGAUGCGUAUAAGCGGCGUACUCGCUGGUCGGUCUGUUUUGUACACAAACUCCUGA